AAAUGUCAUGUGUCCAGCCUAUUACAGUCACCAACGCUCUGGAUAACAUGAACACUUGCGAACCAGGUCUGCUAGGGCGAGUAAAAUGGUCAAAGUGUUCUCAUUUGUGUCUGGAAGUAGCUAGCAAGCUAGCCAACGUUAGCUUGGGUGCCGUUGUAAGGUCAGAACGCUCAAAUCAACCCUACUCCUUGGCCCGAGCGUCUAGUGUGUGCUCCAAGAGCGAAAAACGCUCUGAAUUUACAAACGGACAAUCUGACAACGCUCUGAAUUUACGAGCGCACUCUGGCACUCCAGAUUGAAUUUAAGAACACACUCGAAUUCGUAAAAUGUCUAGUCAUUUGUUAUGCUAGCUAGCAAGAGGUUGCAUCGCAACAGCAUCAACUUCCGGUAGACAGGUGAAGAACUACUACGCGCAAUUGAAAGGAUACUGUUCGUUUACAGUAUGCUAAAAUUAACCAAUAGUAUAUACUCAUUAAGUAUGUCAUACACCGUAUGUUAGUAUGGGUUUUCGAUCACAGCGUUGGUGUUUGCCCCAGUUUACUCUAUUUACAAAACGCCGACAAGGUGCAUUGUCCUGGGCUGCAAACCACCAGUUUCCACUCUUUUCCAGAAGACUACAUCGUAUUCCUAAAAUUGGUGGAAUUCGCCUCCUUACACAAGAAUGGCGUAUUGAACGGCACUCGGAUAUGCGAGGCUCAUUUCAGCAAAGAAUGUUUUCGACUCCAUACACCGAGAAAGAGAUUGUUGUGGGAUGACGCGGUUCCCACGAUUUAUCCCAGCGAUAUCCCGAGCAGAACCGAUACUUCUUCACCUUAUGUUAGCCAAAAGGACGAGAAGAAGCAACACAGAGCGAACCAAGAAGUUCAGGAUAGACCACGCAUGGAUUAUUCUGUUAUACAGAACAGCAGGGAGCCGAAACGGUGAGCAGAGAGUUAAUGAUGGAGGCUACGUCACUUCAACGUACUGAGCGUCACUUCUGAUAAACCAAAGAAAGGCUCCCGAGGAAAAACUGUUACAUUAUAGCAGAUUUUUGCUAUUUCAUCAAAUUAUUCGGCAAAAUGUAAACGAACAGCAAUCAGGCAUAGUCUAUCUAGUCACGGAAAUAUGGAAUGUGCGUUUCAUUGGCUUUUUGAGAAUUGAUAGUGAGCUCCAGUCAAUGGAAGCCCUGAUGGAGGUUAAGGAGUCAGAGACAGCCACAAUGGACGUUAAGGAGUCAAUUUCAGCCGCAAUGGACGUGAAGGAGUCCAUGUCAGCCAUGAUGGAAGUUAAUGAGUCAGAGUCAAAAGAAGCCGUUGUGGACAUUAAGGAGUCACAGGGAGCUGUUAUGGAACUCAAGAGGCAGUCUUCCUCCUCUGGCGGACAGGGGCGGGACAGAGACCGGGAGUCGGACAGCUAUCUCCAGCACCUCCAGUGUCCACACUGUCUGCUCCAGUGUAAGAGCCACUGCAGCUACCUCAUCCACAUCGCUAAGAUCCACCCAAGCCGCCUGGAUGACACGCCUGUGGGUCGCCUGGGCAACGCCAUCUUCUACCAGCGCACGGCACGGCUGUUCCACUGCAGCGUGUGUUUCCACACGGCCAGGGAGUUCCCUCGCCUCUACGACCACUUGCUCACCUGCCACUGCCUCUCUGGGAAGGGCCAGGGAGAGGGGGGAGAAGAGGGCGGUGAGGAGGGAGAAAGGGAUGAGCGUAGGGGGGCGGGGGGAGAAGAACAGGAAGGUAUCAGUGUAGACGUGCUGUCAAAAGACAGUAGUCAUCCUCUCAGUGAGCCCAAGGCAGAAGAGGAGGAUGAGGACAAAGGAGGAGUGAAGCAAGAGGAGGAAGGUAGGAAAAGAGGACUAGAGGAGAUGGAGGGAGGCGAGGACAACGAAGAGGACUCCCGCUCAGCCGGUAGGCCCAUGAAACGAAAGAGAAGCUCUACGGCAGGCAGUGAGGAAGAUGAUCACGACGAAGAGGAAGAGGAGGAGCUACAGACCAACAACAACAAAAAAAGUGACAAACACAAAAAGCAGGAAGAGGCCUUCCUGACCAAAUAUAUCCAGCGCCAGGGGGGUCGCUACAACUGUCGCCUGUGCGGAAAGCGCUCCAAGAUGAAGGGCCAUGCCAUCUACCACGUGAGCUACAAGCACGACGUGCCCAAACCUUACUGCUGUAAAGAGUGUAGCAAGGCCUUCAUACUAGAGUAUUCGCUACUCAAACAUAUCUACCACAACCACAGACAGGGCAUGUACCGCUGCCUCUUCUGCCCCUUCAGCUCUGACGUGGUGUGGGGCAUAAAACGCCAUGGCAACCGCUGCAAUGCCCGAAGCGGGGAGGGGGAGGAGGGGGAGGGCAGCAAUGGAGAAGAGUGAUUGGUUAAUGGUUGCUAACACAUACUGUACCUUGGUAAUCAGGAGAAGGGACAAUACAGCCAGGCCUACAUUAUCUAGGUUCUAGAAUCUCUUUGCAUUGUGCAUCUACUAGGCUAGUAACCCUAGGUACAGUAGAUUCUCAGUGAAGUAUGUAUUUACUUCCUCUGUACACACAGUGAUGAAGAAUGAUGUACUUUGUCAUUCUGUUGACUUUUCCUGAUAUACUUCUGUGGAGCAGAUGGACUCAAAUGUAGAAUAUGUACUUUGUGAACUCGCAAAUAGCCGUAAUAUGUACAUGACAGCUAUUGAUGACUCAUAAUGCUACACAAUGAAACUAUCAACUGACAAAACAUGUUUUUUGUGUGUUUUUUACCUGCCUUUGUAUUAUCUUUAUUACCUGGGAUGUGUUUGUAUCUUGGAAAACAAUACAAUAAAAAUAAUACACACAUUUUAGGUACAAUUUAGCCGACUUCCUCUGCCAUAGAAGUCUAGACACACACCCACACCUGCAGCACAGGAGGUGUGAAACAGUUUGUUUCCUGUCCUGCAGGUGUGUGUGUGAUUUUGGGCUGUUCCUUUGUGGUUUCCUGAACUAACAACAGCUUUUUGUUGUGAGUAGGCUACAGCAGUGUCUCACAACCCAUUCUUGUAUUUCAUACACUGAACAAAAAUAAACCCCACAUGUAAAGUGUUCGAUUUCAUGUGCUGAAAUAAAAAAUCUCAGAAAUGUUC